GACGAGGAGACGUGUACGCUUGGCAGUCGCAGGAGAUGACCUUCCUCCCCAUGACCCGGAAGCAGAAAGGUCGGGGUCUGGCUUAAGAUGGCGCCUCCCACGUUACUGCUGGCAGUGCGAGGAUCUGAAGGACUUUAUAUGCUGACUGGGCCUCCUCAUUUCACAGAGAAUAUAGCAUUUCAAAGGGAUUCUGGGAGAAACUGCAAAGUUUUUUCUUUCAGCAAAGAUGGCUCCCUCUUUGCUUGGUGCAAUGGAGAACAAAUAAACGUUGUGAAUGUCACCAGCAACAAGUUACUGCACUCUUUUGAUCUGCCAAAGACAGUUUGCCUUGAGUUCUCUCCGCAGGGCAAUGUCCUGGCAACAUGGCAGCCCUACACAACUGCUAAAGACGGCGCAGCAGGGCUGCCCAACCUCCAAGUGCUUGAUGUGAAAACUGGCAAGUGUUUAAAGUCCUUCAUCCAGAAGAAAAUGCAAAACUGGUGUCCUUGUUGGUCAGAUGAUGAAAGCAUAUGUGCCAGGAGUGUUAACAAUGAACUGCACUUUUUUGAAAACAACGACUUCAGUACAAUUGCAAAUAAAUUGCAUUUGCAGAAAAUCAGUGAUUUCGUGAUAUCACCAGGGGAUCAGCCGAGCAAGGUCGCAGUCUAUGUUCCUGGAAGCAAGGGGGCUCCAUCUUUUGUAAGACUCUAUCAGUAUCCUGUCUUUGGAGGCCCACAAGCUGCACUGGCCAACAAGAGUUUCUUUAAGGCUGACAAGGUGACGCUGCUGUGGAAUAGUAAAGCCACAGCUGUGCUCGUAAUCGCCAGCACGGAAGUGGACAAAACCGGAGCUUCGUAUUACGGGGAACAAACCCUGCAUUACAUUGCAACAAAUGGGGAAAGCGCUGUUGUACAACUACCGAAAAAUGGCCCUAUAUACGAUGCAGUCUGGAAUCCCAACUCCACAGAGUUUUGUGUUGUAUAUGGUUUUAUGCCUGCCAAAGCGACUAUCUUCAACCUGAAAUGUGAUCCUGUUUUUGACUUUGGAACGGGCCCUCACAACUCUGCCUACUACAGCCCACAAGGACACAUCUUAGUACUUGCUGGAUUUGGAAAUCUCAGUGGACAACUAGAUGUGUGGGAUGUUAAAAACUACAAACUGAUUUCUAAACCGCAAGCCUCGGAUUCCACAUAUUUUGCAUGGUGCCCCGACGGAGAGCACAUUGUAACUGCUACAUGUUCUCCUCGGCUGCGAGUGGGGAACGGGUAUAAGGUCUGGCAUUACACGGGCUCAGUCCUCUACAAAUACGAAGUCCAGCCAAAUGCAGAGCUCUGGCAAGUUGCCUGGCAACCCUGUUUGGAUGGAACGUUUCCUGCAAAAUCGGUGACGUAUCACACCGUUCCAAGCAAAGUGCCAAAUGAUGAGCCAAAGGCUGCCCAAGCUUACAGGCCACCAGCUCUGAGAAACAAACCUGUCACUAGUUCUAAACUUCAUGAGAAUGAGCCACCGCAGAACAUGAGACCGCAGUCAAAAGGUGGUGAUAAGCCGUUAUCUAAAACAGCACUCAAGAAUCAAAAGAAGCACGAGGCAAAGAAAGUUGCUAAACAGGAAGCUAGAGCUGAAGGGCCCCAGGAAAUUGCUCCAAGUUCACCUGUAUUGAAUGCAGUUCACACUGUGACACCUUCAGUAACAUCAGGUGAUCCUGAAGUAGACAAGAAGAUAAAGAACCUGAAAAAGAAACUAAAAGCAAUUGAGCAGCUGAAAGAUCAAGCAGCCACAGGCAAACAGCUAGAGAAAAACCAGCUGGAAAAGAUUCAGAAAGAAGCUGCCCUUCUAAAGGAGCUAGAAGAUUUGGAGCUGGGCAUUUAGAGCUUUAUGGAAAACAGAUCUUCCGGUUUUGACCCUAAGCAUCGUUUGAUAAUAAAUGCACAUUUUAAAUGUUUGCUAUGUUUUCUUUCCUUGCCUCUGCUUCCUGAAUUAUAUGUACAAUUUUGAACACAAAUAUUGUAAUUCAGUACUAGACGAACAUUUGCUGUGUUUCAAAACAGUAUUGCUUAAAUACCAAAUUAAAGUAUGUUGAGCCAUUAUUAUUAUUGCCGUUUUGCAAGAAUUUAGUUUCACCUACACAUACAACACUAAGACUGUACAAACAAAAUUUUAAAAUCACCUUAGUAAUAAAGAUACUGUUUUUGUGUUAUAUAUCUAAGAUUUUACAUACGUCUCUGAGUUUGUUAAAAACCCACUGACUGAAACAUAGCAAGCAUUUUUUUAAAAAGUUACAUUUAUUACAUCAGUUUGUUGUGGAUUCACUGUUUUUUAAAACAUAGGAAAAUGUUGUCCUGUGCAGAGUUACUCCAGAAUAACUCCGUAUAGGAUUGCAUUGUAAUUUUCUGGUAAAGUGUUGCAAGUAUUGAAAGGAAGUGAGCGUUUAGGGCAAAGGAUGGAAACUGAUUGCUUAUCAAGUGCCAUUAGCAUUUCCUUAAAGAGAAAGAGAACAUAACAUUUCUACAGUUUGUAAAGAGUUGGUUUCAAUAUACAUGCUGGCACAUACAUAGAUUGUUCUGAAUGGAGUGUGUUUUGCCAACAUCCUGAUAGUUACAGAAAGCUUUGGGAAUGCCCAAAUGAAUAUUUGGCUUGUUUCCUUGAGUGCCAUAUUACAAACUGCUUAGGAAGCUCUUCUUGGCAUCAGAAAGAAGUUUGCUGUAGGGAAGUGCUGUCCAAGAAACAAGUCCAAACCUUCCUUGUGUGUAUACAAAUUAAAUGUAUCAUUUUUCAGAUCCAGAUCAUUGGGUUUGGCUAGGUCUAGGGCUCCAGGCAGUAGAUCUGACUUCAAUACAGGCCUAGAACACACAGAGGAAAAUGAGAAUUCUGUUCUUUAAAAUAUCAACGUUAUUCUAUUUGGGAAACUUCAAAUUUACAUAGCAGGAAAAACAAUGGAAGUCAGAGUGUAUUUUGUGUUGUGAUUGCAGUUUUUCAUAACUUGUAGUUUUUGAAAACGAGACAAGAGUAAUGGAGAAGGAAUGGUGAGAUUCAUGAACAUGUUGAGGGGGAAAUAGUUGCAGCCCAACAGCUUAUAAAUAUUCCUUUUUUUCAAUCCAAGAUAGGCUUUCUGCCUAUCAGGCCGUAGCAAUUACUAUCAUGCUAUAUAUAGCCUGGUCUUUGUGUAGUGCUACCGCCCUUGAUUGACAGGCAGAGCCAAGACCCUGCCUCCUGUACCAGCAUACAUACUUGUGUGUGUACAGAGGAUGAAAGGGAAAUGACUAGGAAAGGGAAUGGCAUAGCUCACUUUUUAUCUCCUUCUGGUAUAUACUUGUAGACUACAGCAAGCCAUGUUUCCUUCUGGCUCUACCUAUUGAUCCUUUGUCAAGCAAACAAUUCAAAGGAUUCGGGCUCAUUGUUCUUCUGUACCUCGCCCUCCAGAUAGCUCAGGGAGACAUGCACUGGCUUGCUUGAGAUUGGGCUGUCAAAUUAAGUUGCUCAAGGACUUGCAGUUUAAUUCAAUUUGAAACCUUGGGAAGAUGUGAGAUCUUCUUAGUGGCCCUUCUCUUUUGAAAUAAUGACAGAAAGAAGCCUUUAAAUCAGGUGAUGUAAUCAUUUUGGCAAUUCCUUGUUAUGGGUAGCCUGCUUUUCCCACAAAUGUGCUGCAAGCUAAGGCAAAGUAUUUGAAAAGUGGGACGCACAAUAUAGGCUAUGUGUAGACCCUUGUAAAUUGCCCCACUCCUCCCUUGAGGUAGUUUGUCUUAACAGGUUAUUGGGGCAGAAAACCCAAAGCAGCUUUGAAUGGGAGAGCCAGACAGGAUUCGGCCUGCCUCUGUGCCACAGGCUGGCCUACAGACUUUUCUUGCUUCUCGGCUAGAUUCUUUGCCAGCAUCACAUGUGCCACCCUUGAUUUACAUGGUUUAGAAUCACAUUUUACGACCUUGCUUUAUGUUUUGCCUCACUUGUUUUGAAACAUCACUGAACAGUUCUGUGCUGUUUUCAAAGCAAUGCAGAGAGAGUGGUGAGAGUUGUAUAAUUAGUAAAAUAAAUGAAAGACUUUAAUUUUGUACCUCUCUGGAAUUUUCUGAAGAUGUUAAUUAAAGAUGUUGUAAUUCUGUGAACCUGUAGAUAGAAAUUGAUUGCUGCUGUGAAGUCUAAGAAGGGGUCAAUGCAUGGUUUCAUUGGUUAAUGGAAAGAGGUGAGGUGUUUGACCAGAAUGAUUUUAUUUUGUGUCUGUUUGUGUGACUUUGGGGGGCUAGAACUAUCAUUUGAUCUUUGAAGGAGGAUGGGACAUUUUUGUUCCUGAUAUAUUCUGCUGCUAUCUCAAUCGAAAUUAAAAUGGCAAAGAGCAUCAAGACAAUAAAAUUAUGGAUAAAAACUG